AUGAAAAGUCACAAAUUUUCUGAGGUUUGUCUCUUUGUUAACUCUGUAGAAGAUCUCAUUCCUUGAAAAUUUCUCUACAAAUUCUCAGUGCAAGGAGCAACGGAUCAAGAAAUAACAAGUUUGACUAUAUGUGCCCCUACAAUUUUGAUGUUUCACUGUCCAAGAAUAAUUUGCAAUUUAAGUAAAAAUCUAAAGAAGGUUGAUAAACUGCAGAAAAAGGAUUUUGAUAAGAAAUCCAAAGUAGUGCGGAUAACCCCCAUGAAUAGCUACAAUAAUCGUAUCCCAGGAGUGAUGAGCAAGCACGAAAGCGGAGGACUCAAGAAGUUGAAGUAACACUAUUAAAUUAAAAUCAAAACAUUUUAAGGAUUUCCCUUCAGCCAAGGAUAAAAUUACUGACAAAAAGAAAGAUUUUAAAACCGCCAAAUCAUUCAAUGCACUUGAUUUGAUUGAUAAGUGAGUUAAGAAAGACAUCCAGCUCAAAACUGUGAAUUCUAACAAUACCAAGGACAGAUCAUUAUCUCAGAAACUAGGAGUAAAGAUUCCAAUUUAUAAGCUCUCUGAGCCUAAGAGUCAUUCAAUAUUUCAUUCAAUGCAAGAUUAUUCUCAAUACCAGACUCGCCCAAUGAAUUCCCGAAAGAAUCCAAAGAGAUAUAGCGAUGUGCUAAAAUAAGCCAAAGUGUAGAUAUAUAUACUCUAAUGAACCAAUAUAGUUAAUCCAUCUAACUCAAAGCCAUCUCUUAAGUGCAUCAGAGCAUUAGAAACUUCCAAGGCUCAGAAGGAAAAUCCUAAUUGAGCGAAGGAAAUAAGUCAGAUCCAGAUGUCUCCAUUUAUCUUGCCAAUGUCUCCUGUACCUGUCACUGGGGUCACCAGAAGUAUGAAAAUAUAGUGAUGAAGAACUCUAAAAUUAAUCGAUUUAUGUCUGUUUCAUCCAAUAAAUAUUCAAGUCAAUAUUCAUAUAAGUUGAAGGAGGAGAUCAAGAGGUCUAUUCAGAGAAAUGAACAGAAGGAAGACCAUAACAAAGACACCUUGAAAAUUAAUACAGACUUGAGAGAGAGUGAAUCAAAAUCCUCCUUCGUCCCUUAUAGUAAAGAUGAUUCCCUCAAUGAAAAAUUGAUACAUCGUUCUCGUCCUUGUAACAUUAAGCAAAGUGUUGGUAAUGAUCUAAAGGAAGAAGUUAAGAAUGAUGCCUGAAAUUUUAAUGCUUUAAAAUCUAAUACCAGUGACAGUAAAAUUGAAGUUGUUUUACCUCAAAUCGGCAUAGCAUCUUCCAGGUUUACUCAAGCUUACAACAACAAAACUCAGCCCUUAAAAGUACACUCCGGGUCCAAAAUCAACUUUAAAACUCACAAAAUCAAAAAUAGCACAAAAUCCAAAAACUACCAAUCUUCUUCCUCCCAAUCCCCUCUAAUCUCCCUUAAUUCCAACCUAUUCAACAUCCAAAAACCUACAAAGCAUCUAAAACAUCCUAUUCAAUCCAAAAACGACUGUAAACGUAUUUACAACGACCAGGUGAAUAUUUCUCAUAACGAAGAGCCAAUAGAAGGAUGGGCUGUAGAAGAAACUGAUUUUCCAACAGACUUCCUUUAGUCUCUCAAUUUUGCCAUUUU